GUAAAAAUUAUUAAAUAAAUUUGCAAGUGUAAAAAUUUUAAAAUGAGUAGUACAAAGAUUCCAAGCAUUGUUGCUACACCAAAUGAAAAGUUUCUCAUGUCUCGUUCUCCGGCUGGCGAAAAAAAGGCGCAACCUUCCUGGGUGGAAUGGGUUGAACGUAACUCCAAGCCACUCAAACGUAUUCGACCCAAAGAAGUGCGCGUUCUCACCCCGUGGCAAAAGAAAGGACCUAUGCAGAAGAAACAAUGGAAGAAAUUCUAUGCAUGGGCCGCACGAAAUGCCACGCCCUUGGAACGCAAAGAGAAACCACCUCCUAAAAUUCUAUGCAAAGCUGAAUACUUGCCCUGCGCUAGAAAAAAUCAAACAAUCGAAUAUUAUGAAUUAAUGGAGAAUUUAGAGAAACUUGCCAAACCUCCCGAUCGAAUGCUAACAAAGAAACAUCAAUUUGUUGACAGAGAUCCACCAUUCUCGCCCGUAAUUGUUUGGGGCCAACCACCCCAUCACGAUAAGGGACGGCCCUUUGAGCCACCGCAUGUGCCCUGCUGUUUUAUUAACGAUGAACUGGAAGCGGACUUUUGGUCCCAUUUACGAUUCCCGAUAAGGCGAACUGCCCUAAAAGCUCGCGCCUCACCGCGAAUCGUAAGUUUGGCCCGACCAAAAGCUUAUCCGCCGCUUCCACAUUGUCCCAUCCCGCCCAGAACUCUACCUUGGUGGGAUCAGCCAGGACCAAAGCGAAAAAAGUUUACCUCUUCUGGCUGGCGUUUACAUCAAAUAAGGCUUGCCUAUCUAUCGAAACCAACGCGUGGACCCGAUAAUCUAUAUUUCUAUAUGUGAAAUGAAUAGUUGAUAUUAUUUUUUAUUUUCUGUGAUUAUUCU